UGUUCAUUAGUUUAAAUUUUGUUCCACUUCCAUUUGAAUUCUGAUCUUGGCAAAGUUGACACACUGAAGUUAGUGGCCUUAUGUUUACAUAUUUACACUUAAAGCUGUGAAAGAUCACAAGAUUUGAGCGCAAACUGGAUUAAGUGAUGUGGAUUGUCACUCUCCUGUACUUAAUUUCAAGCGAUGCCGCAACAUUUGGAGAGGCCAGCAUUUUGUUCCCAGAAGAAACAUUGGGAUCAACCUGUAACAGUUCGCUUGGCAUGCAAACUUUCUGGAUUCAGGAAGCUGCCAUAACCGCCUCGUCAAUCCGCGACAAUGCCCAUGAUCCCGCCCAAGCACGUCUCCAUGGUAACGGAGCGUGGAUGCCGCUUAUUCAAGACGCCAAUCAAUUUUUGCAGAUAGACUUCGAAAACGAAGCUAACGUGUCAGCGCCCCUUGGGGAGAAUUAA